AUGGUUCCUGUUAAACUUAAUAGGAACCAAAAAGACAAAUUUCAGAGCAGUGAGUUAUCAUUUUUCCAGAUUUUGAAAUACACCAAUGAGGACCAUAUAGAUCAUGAGAACAUCAAAUUAGCUCUAGAAAAAGCAGAAGAACUUUGCCAACAAGUGAAUGAAGGAGUGAGGGAACGCGAGAACUCAGACAAGUUAGAAUGGCUACAAUCACAUGUUGAUUGUACUGGACUACCAGAGGAACUUGUCUUCAAUUCACUAACCAACUGCUUGGGUCCUAGGAAAUUCCUUCAUUCCAGUAUGUUACACAAGGUAAAAAGCAACAAGGAAUUGUAUGCAUUUUUGUUCAAUGACUUCUUGUUGUUGACUCAACCAGUGCGUCCUGGUCUUCUAUUCUCAUUUAGCGACAACAAACCGGACAUGAUGUAUAAAAUGUAUCGGCAGCCUUUAUUUUUGAGCGAAGUUUCUGUGAAGGUGCCAUCAGAUGUACAGGAUGAGUGCGUGUUUAAUCUAACACAUGUUGAGAAAGUGUAUGCCCUCAAGACAGACACAGAAAAACUCAGAAAUAAAUGGAUUACUCAAAUUGAAAAUGCUUCAAAAUACUCCAUUGAGACGGAAAAGAAGAAGCGAGAGAAGGCCCAGAGAGCCCGAUCAAUGAGAAGUAAAGGUAUUGGACGCUUGCUUGUUGUGAUCAUUGAGGCUGCAGAUCUGAAACCAUCAAAUUCAGUAACUGGCCAUGCUGAUCCUUAUUGUGAGGUGAGUAUGGGAGGCGAGGAACAUCGCACACGGUUCAUCCCCGACACUUUGAACCCCAAGUGGAAUUGCAACAUGCAGUUUAUCGUCCGAGAUCUGAAUCAAGACGUGCUGUGCCUCACAGUCUACGACAAGGACUUCUUGUCACCUGACGAUUUUCUUGGACGGACGGAAGUUCGAAUUGCUGACAUCAAAAAGGAGAAUCUUGGAAAAGGACCGGUCACUAAACGGCUAUUACUACAUGAGGUGUCAACGGGCGAAGUGGUGGUCAAGUUUGACCUCAUCCUCUUUGACCAGACAUGACAAUGGCCAGCUUCCCUAACCCUCUAAACUUAGGCCCAAGAUGUGUGUUGUAAGCAGUCAUUGCUGGUGAAACAGCCAGGGUUGGUCUGUGUUUUAUUGGGGGCUGAAAACAGUAAGGUUGCAACUGAUCCAGAGAGGAUGAGGCUAGCAUUUUUAUGGAUGAAUAGUGAGCUGCUGUGUCACCAACCACAGAUAUACAGUGUGUAUCAUUAAUUACUUAAAUAUUUACCAAGGCCUCUAUAUAAACAAACUUGUUAUUGUAAUUACCUAUGUAAAAUCUUAUGUUUUUUUUGUUUUUUUUGUUAUUUUAAUUUAGUGUUGAUUACAUAUACAACAGUACUGUCUUAAUGUUCUUUUGUUACAUAUUUUAUAUAGUUUCUUUAUGUUUGUUUUGAUUCUUAAUCAUGUUAACAAAAACAGAGUGAAUAAGGUUUAUUUUUACUCCAUAGUUUUGAUUAAGGACGCCACUGUCUUCAGACAUUUGUGGGUCGCCCUUAGUGUGUUUGCAGUAAAGAUAUACAAUUCAAUCAAGUGUAUCAUUUUAAUUUGUAUUUCUUGUUUGUUCCCAUCCAUCGUUAGUCAUAACUUGUACAAAGAAAAAAAAAAGAAAUAGGGUAUGACAUGUGCUUAUGUAUAUCUUUGAGAUACACAAUACAAUGUAUAAAAAUCAUUUUAAAAACAUAUUUAGAAAGGAAUACCAUUUAAAAAUUAAAAUAAAUGUCUAUAUAUGUA